GUGAUAUAUUGUAAUAAACAAUUAAGUAAUUUUUUCAAAAAAAAGAAUGGAUAGUGAAGAGAGUAAUAGAGAAGUACUGUUACUAGUGAAGAAGGAAGAAGAAGAAGAAGAAAGGGGUUACUACGAUGAAAAGUGCCCGGGUUGCAUUGUUGAUAACAUGAAGAAAUCAAAUUCUACCAUUCCUUUCAAGCAUUUGUUCUUUGUUUUUCUUCUAGCCCUAGCUGCAGCUUUGCCAAUAACAUCAAUGUUCCCUUUCAUGUAUUUCAUGAUAAGGGAUUUCGGUAUUGCAAAAAAAGAAGAAGACAUUGGUUAUUAUGCUGGCUUUCUAGGAUGUGCAUUCUUGUUAGGAAGAGGUCUCACUUCUAUUCUUUGGGGAAUAACUGCUGAUCGAUAUGGUCGCAAACCGGUUAUGCUUUGUGGCAUAAUUGCAGUGGUAAUUUUCAACACAUUUUUUGGGCUUAGUAUAAACUAUUGGAUGGCACUUUCAACAAGAUUUCUCCUUGGAAGUAUGUGUGGAAUACUUGGUUCUAUGAUGGCAUAUAUUUCAGAAAUUUGCCGUAAAGAAUAUCAAGCUUUGGGAAUAUCAAUGCUUAGCACAGCUUGGGGGAUUGGAUUAGUAAUUGGUCCAGCUCUUGGAGGUUUCCUAGCACAGCCUGCAGAGAAAUUCCCAGAAAUAUUCUCUAAAGAAUCUAUAUUUGGGAGGUUUCCAUACUUUCUACCUAGCUUGUUCAUAUCAGUAUUUGCUUUGAUUGUAACUUUUUUGGGCCAAUGGUUACCGGAAACACUUCACUUUCAUACUAAAAAUGAUGAAGAAAAAGAAAAUUAUGAUGGUCCAAAAGAAGAUUUAUUGGAAGAAGAUGAGAAAAAAUCAAAACAAAGUCUUUUAAAGAAUUGGCCAUUAAUGUCAUCUAUUAUGCUCUAUUGUGUUUUCCAACUUCAUGACAUGGCUUAUGUAGAGAUUUUUCCAUUAUGGGCUGUUAGUCCUAAGAAGUAUGGAGGGCUAAGCUAUUCAAGUGAUGAUAUUGGUGAAAUUCUUGCCCUUGCAGGGUUUGUUAUGCUUGUGUUUCAACUAUUUUUGUACCCUCCAAUUGAGAGGAUUUUUGGACCUGUACACUUGGCAAGAAUUGGAGCUGUAUGUCUCUCUCUAAAAGUCAUCACAAUAGCUUUGCUAUCAAGUUACCCUUUUAUAGCAAAGCUUUCCGGACUCACACUCACUCUAUUAGUUGAUCUUGCAGUUGUCUUAAAAAAUUUAGUUUCAAUAUGUAUUACAACAGGAUUAUUUCUACUACAAAACAAAGCUGUGGGUCAAAGCCAAAGAGGAGCUGCAAAUGGCAUGUCUAUGGCGGCAAUGUCUCUAUUCAAAGCGGCCGGUCCGGCUGGCGGAGGUGCCAUAUUUGCUUGGGUACAAAAUCAUCAAAAUGCAUUAUUUCUCCCUGGUGAUCAUAUGGUUUUCUUCAUUCUAAAUAUUAUCGAGUUUAUUGCACUUAUAAUGACUUUCAAGCCUUUUCUAGCCUUAACUAAUAAUGAUGUCAUUUAAGUAUUUUAAAUAUUUAAUUUAUUAUAUUAUUGGAUUUAUUUUAUUAUAUUAAAUAUAGGAUCGGAUUGGAUGUUGAAAAAAUAAUAACAGAAUUGGAUGUUGACCUUGUCUCGAUAUUUUUUUUAAAGUUUAAUGUUUCUCUAUACUAGCUAGUUUCAUGCUUUUUCAUUGUUAUGAUUUUUUUUACUUUUAAAAUAAAUUCUAUUAUUAAUUAAUUUUUGCAAUAUUAUGGUG